CCAUCUCCAUCACUGAUUUAUUUAUUUACUGUUUACUACUUCAGAAAUAGUUCUCUAUUUUUCAUUAAAUUCGUAGCAAGCAAUACAUAUAUUGCUGUAAUUCUUACGUGAUUAAAUUACUUAUUUUCACUUUGAUGACAGUUUUAUAGAGAACAAUAUGUCUCUCAAAACAAAUCAGGAUUAUCAUCGAGCAUCAAAUGGUCUUGUGGCUGGAGGAACAUUAGCCUAUGUGGGAGCUAUUUUCCUGUUGAUCUCAUUCAUAAGUCCGUUCUGGGUACAGUCCUAUGAGGAGACCUCAAGUAACUUCAAGCAUAUGGGGCUGUGGCAGUAUUGCUUCGACCAGUUCCGCUACCCCUAUCAUCAGUUUGACAAGAUGUUUGACGGAUGCCACUACAUCUACAGUGACGAGUAUUACGUGAUCAGAGAGUGGUUAUUGCCAGGUUGGUUGCUGGCUAUCCAGGCCUGGAUGACCUUAUCAUUCCUACUGACGUUCGGCUCCCUGAUCAUCAUCGCACUGAUUGUCGUACGAUACCCUCUCAGGUUCAUACUGCACUACGAGUGGCUGCUGACAGCCAUAGCCUUCCUGUGCAUAGCUGUGUCUUCGUUUCUGAUGUUCAUCUCGGUGUGGUUGUUUUGGACUCAGUCCUCUCGCAGGGACUGGCUUAUGUACCCCAACUUCAACCAUCUCUCCUACUCCUACUACUUUGGAGUGUUCUCUUUCUUUGUUCAGACUUAUUCAGCAUACAUUCUUUACUACGAUGCGCGCCGAGCUUACGACCUUCGCCGUGAGAGCAAGAACCUCGUGAUGCAGAUGUACGACACCAACUCCCGUAACGGCUUUGUGUGAUUGCCACUUUAGCAAAGCGGUAGUUACGGCCUCAGACGACGUAACUGAAAUAAACCUAACCUAAGCAAUCACUGAAUCAAAACAUAGCUAUAGACUCGUUAGUGUCUUUAGAACACAAUUUAUUUUUGAAAAAAAUAUAUUCAGAGGUAAUUUUCCCAAUAGAAAUUUUUUACAGGUUUGUAGUAAAAGUUAUUGCAGUUUUGGAUACUUUUAUCAUAAAAUCUUAGCCAGGUACAUGAUUUUUUUAAUCUAAAGAUGAUAUUUUAAAAUUUGUAUUUUUAACCUUGUGUAAAUAGGCCUUCUUUUAAGUAGACUACUAUCAGUUUUACUCAAAGUUUAAAUAUUUAAUAACUCAGAAUGGUAUUAACAUUAUACUAUAAUAU